AUGCCCAAAGUCAUGGCUCAAAACACUCAUCCAUAUUUACGUGUUGAAAUAUUGAAAUUUCAAAUUAAUAAUUCUAAACAAGCCAUCGAUUUAAGUCAAGUGAAAACAGAAAUUGAAAUUAUAGAAAAAACUCAAUCUACACAAACAUCACGAAUAAAAAAACCAGUUUACAAUGAAACAAAUCAAUGCAUUCGAUUCGAUGUUGGAUUAUUUAUUAACAUCGAACGAAAGAUUACUAUUCGAAUCAAUUACAAGGAUAUUCUAUACACAUUUGAAACGGAUUUGAAAUCUCUUAAGAAACUAGCAGACGGAUUUCGACAUCAAUUUAAUUUCACACCGAAAUCUCAAGUAGAAGUGAUCAUUGAGUACAAAGAUCCAUCCGUUCUAUCGGAAUCUCGAUCUCCCGUUAAAAUCCAUGGACAACGUUAUGCUGAACGAUAUCAAAAAAUUUAUAAACAUUUCGGUCAUCGAUUUGUUGCGAAAAUUUUCAAAACGCCAACGUUCUGUUCAAUUUGUAGUGAAAUUCUUUGGGGUUUCACUCAUAAAGGUUUUCAAUGUCAACGAUGUGAUUGUGUCGUACACAAAGAUUGCUACGAUCGUUGUAACCAUCCAUGUACAGGGAAGAAAUAUCCUGAUUUGGAAGUGACCAAAGCGCAUCAAUUCGAACAUCAAACCUUUUCUCUACAAACAAUUUUCUGCGAUCAUGAUGGAAGUUUCAUUCGACCUGGUCAUGCUUAUCGAUGCACUGAAUGUUCAAUGGUUGUUCAUCGACGUUGUCGAUCGAAAGCUGGCGACUAUUGUGGUUGUAAAGAGAAAUCUAUUGAAGCUUAUGAACAGUGGAAAACAGAUCAUAAAUCGGAUGGAGAAUAUAAUUAUCAAUAUAAUGGAGAUUUGUGUGAAAUUUAUUCGAAAUUAACCAAAUUAAAUCAACCACACGAAGCACAAGAAGCGAUUCAACGCGUGGCGAAAGUUUAUUCACCAAAUAUCACUGCCGGUUUUGAUUUGAAUCAAAUUCAACUUUUACAAAUGUUAGGUCGGGGAAUGACUGGAUCGGUAUAUUUGGUGAAACAUAAUGAAUCGUUUUAUGCAAUGAAAACUCUUCGUAAAAAUUUGGUUUUGGAAGGUCAAAAUCUGAAUUAUAUCCGGUCGGAGCGCGAUAUUCUCAUUCGUUGUCAAUCAAAUCCAUUUAUCGUUCAGCUUUUUUAUACAUUUCAAAAUGUUGAACGGUUAUUUUUCCUUAUGGAAGUUGCUCGAGCUGGAAGUCUAUUCAAUCUACUUGAAUAUCAAGCUCCGAAACCAUUUCGACAUGAACGAAUCGUUUUCUUCACUGGCGAAGUGGCGUGUGCAUUGAUGUUUCUCCAUUCCAAACGAAUUGUCUAUCGUGAUCUUAAACCAGAAAAUAUCUUUCUUUUUCAUGAUGGACACGUCAAACUUGGAGAUUUCGGUUUGGCAAAGAAAGGUGUUGAUGAAAAUCAUAAAACAAAAACAUUGUGUGGAACAGCAGAAUAUAUAGCCUAUGAAAUUUAUAAUAAAGAUUCUUAUGAUGAAAAUGUUGAUUGGUGGUCAUUGGGAAUUCUAAUUUUUGAAUUGACAACGUUUCGAACGCCGUUCUAUGCAAAUAAUAGUACAGAUAUUACAAAAAAUGUUCUUUCAAAUCAAGUGAUUUAUCCAGAAACAAUGAGAGAAGAAUUUCAACAAAUUAUUUCAGGUUUACUCGAACGAGAUCCGAAAAAGAGAUUAGGAAAUCCAAAUUCUCCUCAUGGCCUUCUAAAAGAUCAACCAUUCUUUCAGGAACCAUAUUCUUUGGACGCGAUUAAAACACGUCGUGUUACACCUCCAUGGACUCCCAUUUCAUUAGUACCAUUGAAAGCGACAAAUAAAGCUCCAAAACUGUCUGAACUUGAUCCUAAAGAUGCAGUGCUGUUGUUAUCAUCGCCACCCGAUGCUUUUCGUUAUUUUUCAUAUGUUAGUCCGAAUGCUACGAAGCUUUUUUAA